AUGUUCAAAUCUACAAGGCUUCAUAGUCUUGCUUCAGCCCGUCCUGAGGCUCUCCUUAUUUCCUCGGUGACUUGCCGUUUGAUGACACCUAGGGUGUUUCAUAUACAGCAACAUCACUGCUUUGUCCCUGGAGUUCAGCCUUUCUCUUCUCUUAGAUCUUUCUCAACUACUCCAAAUUUCUUAAAAGAGACGGAAAAGUCUGCUACAGUUGAAAAAACUCCAGAGAAGGCUCUAGAGUCUGUUAAGGCUGCAGAGAAAUCAGUAACCAAAGCUGUGAAAGCCCCUCUAACGCAAAGAAUAAAAGAGGGAAUUCACCAUUAUUGGGAUGGUACCAAGUUACUUGGAAUGGGAAUCAAGGUUUCGUGUCGUUUAUUGAUAAAAAUGGGUACUGGUUAUGAGUUGACCCGUCGUGAGUACCGUUUGUUGCAGAGAACCACUGGUGAUGUUCUUAGAUUAUUCCCAUUUGCCUUCUUUCUCAUUGUUCCAUUUGCCGAAUUGUUACUACCAGUUGCCUUGAAGUUGUUUCCAAACUUACUUCCUUCCACUUAUGAGUCCAAGCUGGACCGUGAAAAGAAGUUAGCUAUGUUGAGAAACACCAGAACUAAAGUUAGUCACGUUUUGAGAACAUCUACUCAGAAAGUUCACCUUCCUAGUACUGCUACCGAUCAGCAGAAGGCAGAUUUCAAAGACUUUAUGGAGAAGUUCAACUCUGGAAAGGCUGAAGAGAUCUCUAAGGACCAUCUCAUGCGUGUUGCUAGACUAUUCAAUGAUGAUUUGAUUUUGGAUAACAGUUCCAGAAGUAUUCUUACUGCCAUGUCGAAAUUCAUCAACUUGAGACCGUAUGGAAGCGACCAGAUACUCAGAUAUAGAAUUAGACAUAAAAUGCUCAAGAUUAAGGCUGACGAUAGAUUAAUUGACUAUGAGGGUGUCGAUAGCUUAACUACCCAGGAACUUCAAGUUGCCUGUGCUUCUAGAGGUAUCAAGAGUUACAGUGCAACACCCGAACAGAUGAGAAAGUGGUUGAAUAACUGGCUUGUGCUUAGAUUGCAUGAAAAGCUUCCCUCUACUUUGGCUAUUCUGGUUAAUGCCUACACCUAUGAAGAUACCGGCGUAACCGAUCAAUUUGAAGCUUUGAAGACCAUCUUGAGUGCUUUGCCUGUGGAGUUUUAUCAUGCCCAGGAGUUGCGUGUCGACGAGGAAAAUGCCACUUUCAAGCAGCGCAUUAAUGUGUUAAAGGAGCAGGAAAAUUUGAUUCGUGCUGAGAGCGCUCAGGAAAAAGACAAUGUUGUUCACGUCAAGGAUAAGUUGAACUUGGCUGAUGAUAGCGAGGUCCAGAAACGUGUUGGAAAACAAGUUGAGAAAGAAGCUGAAGAAGAGUGGAAGCAGAAGGAGCAGAAGAAGGUCGAAAAGAUGAAAGCUGAGGAGAAGCAGAAAGACAGUUAG